AUGCAUGACGAUUUGGAGCAGGGUGGUGGUGUAGAAGCACGACAACAACAACCCCUUUUACGCGACUCGACCAAUAAACGCAAUGUCAUUUGGACGACGCUCAUUUGGAUCUGGCGAAUCUGCAUCUUUGCUGUAACGGGAUCGUCGAGUGUUGCUGUUACUCGGUUUAUUUUGGAGCAUAUCUUUGGAACCACUAUGGCUCGUUGGCUUUACUAUGUCCUUUUCUUCUUUUUGGAGUUGGUGGUCUAUACGGUGAUGAUUGUAUCCAUAGGCACCAUUCUUGGUCAACAUCGGUUCUUUUUCAACGUGGCGGUCAAAAUGUGGGGAUGGAUGCUUCCAGCACGUUACUGCACAAGUUAUCGUUAA